AUGGACCAAUCCAUCUAUGACAGCUUUCGCUGGCUGGAUGAAGAUGGCGAUCUUGACCUCUCGCUGGACGAGUACCACUCGCACGUUGCCAAUGCCGCGACAGGCAAGGCCAAAAUGCCUCGACUUCCCUCCUUUCGACGCUCGCUCUCCUUUUCCACAAACACCAUGAAGCACCGAGCUUCACCGUCCAUGCCAAUCCGAGCUUUCCCAUCUAGCCAUACCAUCCAACCUUUAUCACCACUCCCGCCUCUCUCCCCUCUCUCCCCAAUCACCCCAAUCACCCCGCGCUCCAAUCGCCGCUCAACGAUAUCCCGGCCUCCAUCCCGCCGUCUGCAAAGCAGCCACGCUGCCAAAUCGUCCACUUCCAGCAUCGACCCAUCAGCCCAGUACUACCAUGAUCCCGACGCCCGACUCAAACUCCGAGUCUACCUCGCCUCACCGCAGAAAUUCGACGAGGCAAUCGAAUUCGGAUUCCCCUCUCUAGACCAAAUCCACAACCCGCAAAACAAGGAGAAUAUCUCCCCAGAACCAACAUCCCCCCGACCAUCUCGCAGCUGCGCGGGAACCUUCUUCGAAGACGACGACGGAAACGUCGUCGGUAGCCCGGGCGACUCAAUCGAAGAACCCCCCCAUGCCAAUCUCCGCUUCUGCGCCGGGUUCCGGACACGGAGGCCUCAGAUGCAAAGUUUCCCCCGCCUCUCAAUGCGAGAUACUCCCCGCCCUUCCGUCGAUACACAUACGCAUACCCCAUCCCUCCUCCAACGCCGUCAAUCCAUCCUCCCCAAAUCAACCAGCAAGACUCCUCACCGCCUCCCGGGUAAUCGCGAGAUGACUCUGAAAAUGACUCUCACCCGCCCGGACCUGCGUGAGGAAUCUCCGACCCCGUCUGCCACGCCUGAUGAUCCUUUGCGUCUGGCGGAGCUUCCGCCGGCUGAUCGCACGCAGCAGAUUUGGGAUGAUUUGGAUGAGGAGCAGGGUGUUGUGAAGAAGAUGUGGAGGAAGUUACGGCGGAGGGUGUGA